AUGCAGAAGGAAUUAUUCGUAAAAGAACUAUACUAUUUAGUCGAGAAGGUUGACCCAGAAAAAACAUCUAUCAGUGCUAAUAUUAGAAAUAGAGCAUCACAAUGUUGCAACUGUAAAUUUUUAAUUUGUGCUUCUUUUAAUGCUGAAAUUGGUCUUUGGUAUAUUAUCGUAGCACAUUUAGAACACAGUCAUACUAUGGAAACAGAUAAUCAUAACCAUUUUAUGUCUAAUGAAAGAACAAUUCCAUUAGAAGUACAAGAAAAGAUUUUACUUUUUCAUUGUACAGGAUACAGCCCAUUUAUUAUUCAUUCAAUUUUAAAAGAAGAAUUUAAAGAAAUUCCAGGAUAUUAUGGAACUCGAGGAAUGAAUAUUAAAACUGAAGAACUUAAUAAUCAACUUUUUCUUCACACUUGUAUAUUAACAAAUAAAUUAAGUUAUCCUAAAAAUCCAGUUGAUUAUAUAUUAGAAAUUAUGGUUCCAGAGAUGGCAUUACGUUUAAUUUCUCAAGACAAAGGUGGUAUCACACUUGAGGAAGCAAGAAAAAUUAUAGAGGAUAGUAGUACUUUUGGUGAUUACGUUCAUGAAGAAUAA